AGAGCAGAUCUUUUCAUGGAGAAAUUGCAUCAAUUGAACAAUUCAGAAUUGAAGCAAGAUAAGAAAUUAGCUGUCCAUGUACUUUGGAGAGAGAGGAAACCACGAUCAAAUGAGAUUCACAUUCUUCAUAAAUCUAUAAAACCAAAUCUCAACCCAUAUUAUCCUUUCAUCAGCUUCCAAAUUAUACACAGAGAUAAAAAGAGAGGAAAAUAUCAUCAGAUAAUCAAGAUGGAUGCAGACUAUAGACAAGCCCCUUCCGAUCAGGAGAUGACAUAUUUGGGCCACGUCCAAAAACGCCAUGAAGAUAAGGGUUGCAUCUACGCCUGUGUGUUCGCUGCGUGUUGCUGUUUCUGCUGCUACGAGACCUGCGAGUGUUGCUUGGAUAUGCUUUGUUGUUGCUGCUAAUUUGGGAUUUUAGACCCUAACAAGUUCCAACGACUGUUACACUAUUGCUGAUGUUGUUUUUAUUCAUUUCUGUACUGGUGUCAUGUAUUUCAACUUUUGAGUGAUGUUCUUGGCUAUGUAUCUUUCUCUUGUUUUGAAAUUAAUGAAAAACAACAACUAGUUGUUAAAUCCGA